GGCCGUUCUAAGCAUCUGGGGUCCUGGCCUAUUUCCGGCACGGUCGGUGGACGCGGCGGCUGAGGCGGUGCGAGACCGGCGUUGUCUACUGAGCUUCUCCAGGCGUGAGCCGACAUGGCGGCGGCUUUUCGGAAGGCGGCUAAAUCCCGGCAGCGGGAACACCGAGAGCGAAGCCAGCCCGGCUUUCGAAAACAUCUGGGCCUGUUGGAGAAAAAGAAAGAUUACAAACUUCGUGCAGAUGACUACCGGAAAAAGCAGGAAUACCUCAGAGCUCUACGGAAGAAGGCUCUUGAAAAAAAUCCAGAUGAAUUCUACUAUAAAAUGACUCGGGUUAAACUCCAGGAUGGAGUUCACGUUAUUAAGGAGACUAAGGAAGAAGUAACUCCAGAACAACUCAAACUGAUGAGAACCCAGGAUGUCAAAUACAUAGAAAUGAAAAGGGUUGCAGAAGCUAAGAAAAUUGAAAGACUAAAAUCAGAGCUCCAUCUGCUGGAUUUCCAGGGGAAGCAGCAGAAUAAGCAUGUAUUUUUUUUUGACACCAAAAAGGAAGUUGAGCGGUUUGAUGUUGCCACUCACCUGCGAACAGCCCCGGAACUAGUUGACAGAGUCUUCAACAGACCCACAAUAGAGACCUUGCAGAAGGAGAAAGUGAAGGGGGUUACCCAGCAGACUCGACUGAAGCGGAUAGCUAAAGAAAGGCAAAAGCAGUAUAACUGCCUGACACAGCGGAUUGAACGUGAGAAGAAAUUGUUUGUUAUUGCACAGAAAAUUCAAACACGCAAAGAUCUUCUGGAUAAAACUCAGAAGGUGAAGGUGAAGAAACAAACAGUGAACUCUCCAGCUAUUUACAAAUUCCAGAGUCGUCGAAAACGUUGAAGUGGUAUAGAUAAGCUUUGUCAUUCCACAUGGAGAAUAAUUCUGUUUUUUCCCCAGUAACUUCACAUUCCAUUAGUCUGAACGACAUGGUUUUUUCUGUUUGUAACUUUAUUAUAGAUCUGGCAUUUGAUACGUUUCUGUGAAUAACAUUAAAGCCCCUUCCCUUGUCUUACUGUUUUUGGGGUAUGAAAUCAGUCUUAUUUUUAUAUACCUGUAUAUUUUCUUCACGAUGAAAGUUAUAUAAUCUCAUCAUGGCAGAUUUGGAAUGAAUUCAUCUCUAAUCCCAAUACUCACUGGAGAACACCAAGUAGUUAUCAGUGCUAGGAGCUAGGGUAUUGGAGGUGAACAAUAAUGUGAACGUUCUGGUUUAUUUCCUCCAUUCUGUAAAGGCAUGUUCUGUUUUUUUUUUGCUUUAUUUUUGUGUUUUGUAGUUACAAUUACAGCAAACAAUUUCAUAUCCUUUUUACUUAAAUUAGCCCUUCCAUUUUGUUACAUCACUAAAUUUUUUAAAAGUAAUAUAUGUUCACAG